AUGCCUCUGAUCAAUGCUCAGACCAAUCCAACAGCCGACCAAUUCUACGUCGUACCCGAUGAUGUCUCCAAGUAUAAUCUUGGAGAGAUUAUCGGCAACAACCGGACGGUCGAUACGGUUAUCGACCCAAGCAAUCUCAAGCGAGCGUAUCAGAUCUUAUACAGAACGAAUUCGAAAGGGAACAUCCCGGACGCGACUGUCGCAACUGUGUUCGUGCCGGCGAAACCUAAGAAGCCUGCCAAGCUAUUUUCUUAUCAGGCACCGGAGGAUGCCACGGUCCUGGAUUGCGCAACUAGCUACGCUCUGUUGAAGGAUACUUCUUCCAACAAUUCCGGCCUUCAGCCUCUAGCGAAACAAGUCAUCGAAUAUGCACUGUCGAGAGGCUACUAUGUAGUUGCUCCAGAUGCUGAAGGCUCGCAAUCUGCAUGGCUGGUCGGUGCCACCGAGGGUCAAGCCUGCUUGGACGCCAUCAAUGCGACCAUCCGAGGACUGCAGCUGCCUGCUAAAACUCCGGUUGCACUUUUCGGCUACAGUGGUGGAGCCCACACCACCGUUUGGGCCUCAUCUCUAGCAGCAAAAUACGCACCUAACCUCAACAUUGUUGGAGCUAGCUACGGAGGUACGCCCAUAGACCUCCGCGCAUGUUUCUACAAGCUGAACGCCACUCCUCUUGCGCUCAUUGCGGGCGGAGCAUUGUUCGGCUUGGCCAACGGAAUUCCUGCUCUGAGGAGCUAUCUCGUGUCCGAAUUCAAUGACAUCGGCCGAUCUGAUGAUAAGAAAUUUCAUGAUCCCGGAUUUUGCAUCAGUAAAUUCAUCUAUGCGGGCUUUUUGUCGAAUGACUAUCUGAAAGAUUUCAACGACCCAAUCUUAGCGCGAGGUACUCCAGCUUCCACCAUUGUAGACGACGAAUCGCUCCUGUCGAAUGUCUCUUCAAAGACGAUCCCCGUGCCGAAAUUCCCUCGUCUGCAGUACCAUAGCAGGGAAGACAAUGUCAUCCCAUUCGACCCGGCACAGGCGUAUGUGUCGCAGCAGUGCAACACUACCACAAACUUGCGCUUGGCGUUCGCAGCCUAUCCAGCUGGAGACCACAUCACCACCGGCAACAACGUGACGUAUCCGUUGGCCUUCCUCAGAGAUGCUCUCGAAGGCAACCUGACCACGAUCACUUGCGGUCAGCCGUACUGA